AACUAAUUACUACGUAGUUCCUUGCCCCUCCCUUUCCAUGCCUUCAAACAAAAUUCCGAGCCUACCCCACGGCAGCUCCGCCACAAACUCCGCCCCGGGGAGGCGGCGGAUCUUUUUUCUCCGGAGGCGGCGGAAGCUGCCGACGGUGAGGCUAGGAGGAGGAGGGGAGAAAGCGCCCCGGCGGCGGUUCCUGGUGAAGAUUUUGAGGAGAGUGAGAGUGAAGUGGGAGUAUUGGAGCAUGUUGAAGAAGAUGAAAGCUUACUACCGGUCUUUGCUGAGGGACAUUUCAGCCGGCGCCGGAGUUGGACCCGUCGAUGAUUAUCAGGCUUCUUUCCGGCAAAUGCUUUUCGUGGAGACCUUUCUCGCCGUUCCGAUGAUGGGUCUUUAAUUAUUUAAUUGCUUGUGCAUUUCUCAUUUGUAGUUUUCAGUUUUCACUUUCUUUCUCUAGCAGUUUAUACUAUGUUUGGUU